UGUUCGAAAGUGGGGUUGCAGUGCAGUGUCGUGCGGGAGAAAAGUUAUUGCACAAGUGUCACAACAAAAAUAAUAAUCAUGGCAGACAAGGCGGAGAAAAUUGCUGCGGCUCGGAAAAAGCUCAAGCAGUACCAGUCGAAGCAAAAACAGGACUCGGUUCCGCGGGGCAGCGAGCCAAGCUCCGCCCGGGAAACUCCCGUUCCGGCCCAGUCCAGCAGCAGCAGCAGUUGCUUCAGCGAUCCUCCAGCGGCGCAUGUUCACGAGGACAUCCAGAACCAGAAUCACCUGCCGGCGUCGUCAGGUCCUUCGUCGUACGGUGGUCCGGCGGUCGCGAGCUACUUUAACAAUGGGGGUGGUCAUGGGGUGGCGGAUUUCUUCGCUAUGGAGCCGCAGGUUGCGCGGCCGGAUGUUCCCCAGAUGGAGGCGAGUGUGCACAGUAUAAACCGGAUUUCCGACGGGAUUGGCCAGUUGAUUGCGAAUGCCAGUGCGGAUUUGGGGCCGCAGAAUACGAUUCUGGAGCUGGAGUCGGAGAAGGCGGAGCUGGCGAGGACGUUGAACGCGCAAAAGUUGGAGAAUGACGAGUUGAGGUUGCGGCUGAGGAACAAUCAGUCGACGGUGGAGGAGCUGCGGAAUGAGAUCGAUAAGCUUAGGGUGGAGAACAGCACGAAGGUGACGAGCGAGCUGGGACCGAUUCAGGAGCAGCUGCAGAUGCAAACGCAGGCCGUUGGUGUGAUGGUGGGGGAGAAGGCUGAGUUGAUGGGCACCGUUAGCAAGUUGCAAAGCUUGGUGAAGGAGCGUGCGAACGAAAAUGACGAGCUGCAGAACCGGCUGAAGGCUUCGCGAGCCACGGUGCAAAAGCUGGAGAAAGAGAUCGAAUCGAUGAAACAGUCCGGGUCGCGAUUCGAGUCGCUCGAGCGAACCAUCGGCGUGCAGCUGAACGAGUUUCAGGAGGAAGCUAACAAGUUCCGCAAGCUGUACGAAGAUCUGCAGGAAGAUUUGGGCGAACACAAGCAAAAGUUGCUUGUGAGGAAUCAGGAAUUCCAGAUGGUGCAAAAAGAGCUGGAACAAACCCGGUCCGACCUCAGCCUGUCGAAACUCCGCAUCGAACAGCUCUCCUCGGACGACGACCUGGACUUUAACGCCAAAAUCGAGGCGUUGACGCAGCAAAACUUGAUAAAAGCCCAGCAGAUUAAAGACCUGCAGGAAAUUAUCAAACAAAUCGGUGCCGAGCGGGACCAAAGCAACCAGCAGUACCAAAAUUACGUGCUUCAUCUGAACAAGGAGGUCACCAACUUGGCCGACAAAAUCCGCGAGCUGACGGAGGAAAAUAACGACCUUUCCAGCCGGGAGGGCGAUUUGGUGCGACACGUGGGCGAGCUGGAACGACAAAUGCAGCAGCAGCUGAGCAAGGAGAAAAAGUAUGCUGCGCAGCAGCAGGAAGAGGACAAACAGCCGGAAGCGGGUGACCGGCAGGCGCUUGAGGCGGAGGUUAAGCUGCUGAAGGAGAAGGUUGCGACCAUGGAGGUCGAGCGGGCGGAAUAUAUGAAGCAAAACGAAUCCGUUGAGCUGCUCAAGCGUGGCUACGAGGAUGGGCUCAAGGCGCGCGACGAGCAGAUCGCCUCGCUGCAGCUAACCGUGGAACGGCUCCAGCAGGACAAACCGGACGUCGCCCGGCUGAUGGCGGAGAUCGACAGUGGCAAGGUGGGCGCGUCCCGUGCCGUCGCCCAGAACAUGGAACUAAAGGCCCAGCUCGAGGAGAUGCAGAAGGCGUUUGUGCAGAUUAGUAACGACAAGCUGGAACUGACGGAGAAGCUGCAAACCGAGCUGCACCUCGGCAAAGAGAUGAAAUCGACGUACGGUCAGCUGGAGACGGAACUUCACUCGAUCCGGGAGAAGCUGCACUACAAAGACGAGGAAAUGAUUCGAUUGGCGCAUGAAAAUACCGAACUUAACAAGCAGCUGCUGCAGCAGAACCAGGAAAUUGACCGGCUUCGGUACUACGAGUCGCGCGCCAGCGAUGGCAACGUCCUGCAACUCGAACUCCAGCGCGCUCAGCAGCAACUUGAACAAAUGCAGCGAAGCGACCACGGUGAAAACGGAUGCGAUGGUCACGGUCACGACACUCACCACCAACACCAUCAUCACGACCAGACCGAUCUGCACCGCGAAAUUGACGUUCUCCAGCAGGAAAAAGCCGAACUAGUAAAGGUCAUCAACAACUUCCAAGCCCGCGCCAAGGCAAGUCCCGGCCACGAAAACCACGCCGACCAGCCGCCACUGGAAGCCAGCGAAACCAUGUCCACCGUCAGCAUUCCCACCCACGAAGCGAUGGAAAAGCUGCAGGAACGCUUCCGGCGAACCAUCCUCGAAGUCGCAGAACUAACCGACGAAAAGCAACGCCUCGAGCACCUGGUCCUGCAACUCCAAGGCGAAACCGAAACCAUCGGCGAGUACAUCACCCUGUACCAGCAGCAGCGACGCCUCCUCAAGCAAAAAGACAUGGAACGGGACCACCAGCUCCUGCAGCUGGCCAACGACCGGGAAAUGAUGAAGCUCAAGCUGAAGGAGCUCAACUAUUUGGUGCACCAACUGGUCGCGGAAAAGGGCCCACCCCGGCAUGACCACGACCACCACCACGAAACGGCAAACACCCCCCUCGUGGACCUGCCCACUCCGUCGCCACCGCUCACCGAAAACGGUGACAACGGCAAGCCGGCGGUGCACAUUCGACCCACGGAAACGGCCGGCCGGAUAUUGUCGCUGCUGACGGACAUCAAGGAGGCGAACAUCCCGUACGGCAGCGGCGUCCAGCACUGUUCGUGCUGCUCGGGGCGGUUGGAAACGGUUUAGGGAUUUAGACGGGGGGUGGGCUUAGUCAUUAACGUUGUUCAGUGCAGUGCGUGAAAUUGCAUUGUUUUACAAUAAGGGUGUGCAAUCAAGAUCGUGCCGCGCGAGUGGAAAACAAUAGCAAGCAACAACACAGUUGUGUCAAUAUUUUAUACCUUAAACAGGGGAAAAAGCAUAAAAUAGAAAGGCUUUCUACAGA